UAGUUCCCCUGGGGUCUGUGGCGUUGCUGGAGCGCUAAGGCCUUUUCGGGCUCGUGGUGCAGGCUCCGCUGGGGCGCCCAGCUUUGGGCUGUAAAGCUCCCCUGCCUCCCCUGGGCUGCGGCGGUGUCAGCGCCCGCCUCCGUAUCGACCCUGAAAACACUCUGCUCCCCUUCGGCAGGAAACUAAGGAAAGAAUGGCCAUGGAUUUGCUGCCUGCGCAGGGGACAGAGUCCGUGACGUUCGGGGACGUGGCCGUGCUCUUCAGCCAGGACGAGUGGCUGUGCCUGGGCCCUGCGCAGAGAACCUUGUACCGGGAGGUGAUGCUGGAGAACUACCACAGCCUGGCGUCCCUGGGGACUGCGUCUCCCAUGCCAGAGGUGAUCUGCCUGUUGCAGCAAGGAAAAGAUCCCUGCCCAGUGGACGGAGUAGUUCCUCCAGACCCUUGGCGAGAUUUCAAGACUUGGCCUGAAAUAGAAGCAUUGCCUCCCCGACAGGACAUUUUUGUAAAAGAAACAUCUCAGGGAAUAAUAAAGAAAAAAUCCACUAAGUUUGGUUAUUGGGGCAUCAAGUUUGAAGAAGUUUUGGAAUUUGAGAGCAGAGCAGGACAAGAACAACAGAAGAAACCUUUUAGGCAAAUGGUAGCCUCACACAAGAAAACCAUCUGUAGUGAUAGAAACCACAUUAGUCUUGAAUUAGAGAAAGGCUUAUUUAUAAAUACAGUUCUCGUUACACAACAAAGUGCUCCUAUAGAAAGGACACCUAAUAUAUAUUAUACUUUUGGGAAAGAUUUUAAACAGGAUUUUGAUACAGUGAAAUGCUCCCAAAUUUAUUCUGGAGAAAAACCUCAUAUUUGUAACGCUUGUGGGAAAAGCUUCAGUCAGAGUCUUCAUCUUACUGAACACCAGAGAAUUCAUACCAGUGAGCAAUACAACAAAUGUAAUGAGUGUGGGAAAAAUUUCAGCCAUAGAUCAUCCCUUCUUGUCCACCAGAGAAUUCAUACUGGAGAGAAACCAUACAAAUGUAAUGAAUGUGAGAAAGCAUUUAGCAGCAGUUCAACUCUUAUCAAACAUCUGAGAGUGCACACUGGAGAGAAACCCUAUCAGUGUAAGGAGUGCAGUAAAGCCUUUAGCCAGCGCUCAACCCUUACUGUACAUCAGAGAAUCCAUACUGGAGAGAAACUCUAUAAAUGUGGUGACUGCGAGAAGGCCUUCAGCUGUAGAGGAAAACUUUAUAGACAUCAAAGAAUCCAUACAGGUGAGAAACCCUAUAAAUGUCAUGAAUGUGGGAAAGGCUACAGCAAGCUUACUUAUCUGGCGAAACAUCAGAGGCUUCAUACUGGGGAACAACUGUGUAAAUGUUUGGAAUGUGGGAGAACUUUCACCUGCAUCUCAACUCUUGUUGAACAUCAGCAAAUUCAUACUGGACAGAAGCCCUAUCAGUGUAAUGAAUGUGGGAAAACCUUCAACCAGUAUUCAUCCUUUAAUGAACAUCGUAAAAUUCAUACUGGGGAGAAACUUUAUACAUGUGGAGAAUGUGGGAAAGCCUUUGGGUGCAUAUCCAACCUUUAUAGGCACCAGAGAACUCACACUGGAGAGAAGCCCUAUCAGUGUGGACAGUGUGGGAAAUCUUUCAGCCAAUAUUCAAUCCUAACUGAACAUGAGAGAAUUCAUACCAGAGAGAAACUCUAUAAAUGUGUGGAAUGUGGGAAAGCCUACAGUUAUAGAUCAAACCUAUGUAGACACAAAAAAGUUCACACUAAAGAAAAAGUCUAAAUGGAAGGAAUAUGGGGUCAGAGAUUUAUUAGAGGAGGUAAGCCCUGUGGAGUUUUAAU